AUGAUAAAGUUAAAAGCAAAAAAUAAAGACAUUAAUGUUCAAAAAUAAAACAUUAAAAAAAGCGUAUUUGCUAUUUAUCCACUGACCGGGUUACAUGACGUCAGCGUGAAGUGGGCCACAUUUGGGCGAAGUUUACCGCCGUAGCUUUCAGCUAAAGCGAACUAGCCGAGCCGACGCUGCGGGAAGACUCCGGUGAUGUGGCUAGUCAGCAAACUCGAUUUCAGAUAAAUAUGGUCUCGUUUAAAAGAGUUUUAUGUCGUUGAAUAGUGUCGCAGUGAACUGGAGCGGUGACAUUUUCUAGGUAGUUUAACCACCGAACCGGUUAAAGGUGCUAACUGUAGCUAACUUAUCUAGAGACUCGGGCGGCGGUGUUCAGCUCCGAGGUAGUCGCUGUUAUUGUCCUGAACGUGUUCAAAACGGGUCUACUGACCCUAAAAUGAAGUGGUGUGGCAGUUUAAAUUAAUCGUUUAAUAGAUAAUUAGGGCUCGUUCGCUCGUUUUAGCCGACCAUCUUGCGUGUUUUUACGCUGUUUGUUUCUGUUUAAGGCUGAACGGGUGUGUCUCUAAUUCGUCUAGGUGAGCUUGUUCUUCAGCUCAGGUGAACGUGUUGGGUGAAGCUUAUUAUUCCUCUUCACUUCAGACAAAAGAUGGUGUUGGCUUGUGUCUAGAAAAGGUUCCGCAAAGAUGAUAUUGCCUUUAUAUCGAACGUGGUCGCUUUUAUAUUGAGUGAGUACUCAAUAGUUUGUAUAGGUGAAUUUGAGUUCACUUAACCUGUAGUUCAUGGUUUGGUUUUAGGCCAAAAGUUUCUGAUUUCUCCUCUUUAGUUGUGUAAAGUUGAACAAAAAAAGCCAUGACAGCUGUUGUAGGACGUGUGUGGUCAUGGGUAAGCCCAGCAAACCUGUAUCGCCCUUGGGGCAGCAGAGCCAAAUCUGAAAAACCUGAAAAGGCCUUCGCAAGUGAGGGUCAGCUGAAAAACAGGUGGAGCAUGGGGGGGUUGACCUCUUGGGUUUGGGGUGUAAAGAAGAAUCAAAGUGACCAAAAGACACCAACAGAGGAGUUCUGGGAGGCACAGGAGACGUACAAACCCUUAGAAAUAGAAGACCUGAGACCUGAGACGGUGGCUCCACAGAGUGCUCCACGCUGGUGGAGCAGGAUGCUUCCUUCUGCCCAUUUCUUUUGGCCAAAAGCAGAAAAAGCUGAUGGGCUCCGGCAGAGAACGUUUGCUGGCUGGACCGAGGCCUUGGAAAGAGACUUGGACAACAAAGAUGGAGAGCUUUCAGACUAUGGUACACCUCCACCGUCUCCCACACCUCUUUCAAAGGGGCCGUCUCCAUUUCAGGUCUUGGCCCACACGUGGACUGGAGAAAUCCUUCCAGAGCACUAUGAGAUAUGCUUCAAUUUUCUCCGCCACCUUUUUGACCUGUUUGUGGUUGGAUUCCUCUGGACAGUCUCCCCGCCUACCAAGUUCGUGCUUGAUGUCCUCGGUGUGCAGGGUGGCCUGAAACUGUGGCUCCAUGGCAUGGCCAUGUUUCUCGUGUCUUCUGUAGGCAUGGCUGGUCUGCUGUGGCUGGUUCAGGAGUUCCUGCCUCAGUUCGCUUUGGUUUAUGGCAUCGUUCAAGCCCUGGUCAUUUCUGUCAGCCUGCGACAGAGUGUGAUCUUGGGAAUGGAGGAUGAGGGGAUAGAUGGAAGAGAUAAAGAUGAAGAAGUAGAGGAGGAGAAGGAUGAUGAACAGAAUGGAACCAGUCAUGGCACCACGGAUUAAAUGAACGAAUGGAUGUGCCUUGGAAAAAGUCACUUUCGGGCUGUCUAUGGCGCGAGGACUCCUGUGCCUAGCUGGGAAAUAGCUACAUACUGACCACUUGACAAGAGCCAAACGGGACUGAUUAAGGCUGGAAGAUGUCAUUGAGCAUCUGAAAAGGACAUUAAACUUACCAGCAAUCAGUUUAACUCAUUCUCUACAAUACCCCUAAUCUCCAAGGCACAACCCUUCCUUUCACCACAGGUGUAAUCUACUUUAUUUGAAACUCUUAAGAGAAAAAGUGCAAUGGGCCAGAAGAUGGAUGAUUCAAAUCUUUCUUCAGCAUUACUGCCAGUGUGACUUGGAGAAGUUGCAAGUGAAAGUUGACAAUAACCUCCGCAGCAUUCACUGGAAAGAAACCUGUCAGCGCGCGAGGAACGGAGAGCGAGGUUUCCCUGCCACUACGUUAUCCAGAUUGUUUUACCCAGAAACUUCCAUGGGAAUUUUACGAAGCUGUUUGUUUUUAUCGUUUUGAAAGAAGAGAUUUAGAAGGGAAAGAUUAUCAGACCUAAUGGUGGAAUGGUGACUCUAUAGGUGUUGAGGUUUCUUAUGACCACCAGCUAUUUAACUUCAGAUGUGUUCUUUUUAAUGCAACAUUGCCUGACUCAGACCUUUAGUACACUCCAGUUUCAGUAUUUGUCUUUCAGUGUACUUUCCCUCAUUUGUGUCAUUACAGUAAAGCUAUGCUGUUUAUGCCUGUAUUUACACAGCAAGUCCAUAAACACGAAGUUUUAUCUCAUAAGGGUACUUGGGAACUUUGUGGUCAGUAGGCCUUUGUGCUGGGUAGUAAUAAUAUAUUUAAGCAUAACAAUGUUUUCCAAAUGUAUGACACUUUAAGGUGUCGGAUGGUAUCCAAGUUAGCAUUAAUAACGUUGAUGAACCCACACCUCUUGAGUACUGCUAUUCUGCGCUAAAAGAGUGUCCCUCAUAGCUUGGAGGGAGCAGCUUCUUUUAAAAUUACACUAAACUUAUACAGUGUUGUAAAUGUUAACCAGACAGAAAACCAUGCAAGCCUGUUUCUGCUUGAAAAACCCAUUUGAUAAGUCAUAAGUCAUGUGAAAAAUGUCUUAGUUAUGGCUUAAUAUCGCAUAAUAAUGACUUACCAUCUCAGAAAUAGCAUUGCUAUCUCAAUUAGCAUCUCAUGAAAUUGAGAUAGUUUCCCACUAUGACAAUAUCUCAUAAUAAUGCUUUAUUAUCUCAUAAUAACAAAACUGUCCCAAUCAUAGUUGCUAACUCAUAAUUAAUGUCAUGAAACCAAGAUAUAUCUUACCCUGACUUAAUAUCUCAUAAUAAUGCCUUACUUUUUCAUAAUAUUGAUUCAAGCUUCAAGCAAUUAGUAUCUCAUGAAAACGAGAUAGUAUCUCAUUAUGACUUAAUAUCUUAUAAUAGUGCUUUAUUAUAUCAUAAUGAUACUAUCUCAGAAUUAUAAUUGCUAUCUCAUAAGUUUCUCAUGAAAAUGAGAUAGUAUCUCAUUAUGCCUUAAUAUCUCAUAACAAUAAGCUUCUUAUAGUUUUUGACAUACUAUCUGAAUUAUGACCUGCUUUCACUAUGAGACCUCACACAUUAAGUAGGUAGGUGCUAAAUCAUAAAUGAGAUACUUUGAUUAUGGUGAGCUACUGACUAAUAAUUAUGAGAAACUCUCAUGAGACCGAUUUAUUAAAUUGCUAAAAAAACAUUUUAAUAAGUUAGAAACAGGCUUCCAUAUAAAACUUGUUUUUUGUCUGAUUCUACAAGCUGAAGCAGAAGGCAGUGGCAUACAUUACAGCUAACUCAGUCUUAACUACAUUAGAGUGAAGUUUUAUUUAUUAGUAUCACUGAAAUGAAAUCAAUAAGAAACCAGUACACCGGUACAGUUGGAACAUCGCCCACCACUAAUGAUCCUAAUAAAGGAAGUGAUCACCUCUGCGAGGCGGCCAGACUUUGACCACCAUGUUACACCAUAUUGUAUUACUGCAUUAGUUUUUGUCGUUAGUGUCGUUUUUACGCUACUUUUCCUGUUUAAUGAACCAGAUCUUUGAAUAAUUCCUCAAAAUCAUUUUUUUUCUAUGUGCUUUGAUGGGAUGAGCUGCAUGUUUUGUUCUAUUCAAGCUCAGUUGUUUAAUCUCACAUCAAGGCUGUUUUAUUUGUUGGUUACAUUUCUCAUUUUUUCCUGUACACUCUUUUGGUCACUACGUGCCUCACAUCAUUUGUAAUGUGUUGUCAGCGAGGGUUUGUCUUAUAGCUGCAUGUUUCACAGCACUACACACUUUAUUGUUUGCAGAUAAACACCAUGAUCGCUUGGAUGUCUGUGCAAUUGCUUUAUUCUUUAUAUCCCCUUCUAUAGGUGUCCACCAUGCGCAUAGCAUGGCAUGGGUAGUGGAAUGAUGUUCUAGAGUACACAGUAAAUAUCAUUUUUGAAAUG